AUUAAAGUGAGGAAGAUGAAGGCCAUCUAUCACACCCUCAACCUCUGCAACAUCGAUGUCACUCAGAAGUGUCUGAUUGCUGAGGUGUGGUGUCCCGUCUCAGACCUGGACUCAAUCCAAUUUGCUCUGCGUAGAGGAACGGAGAGAAGCGGCUCGACUGUACCUUCAAUUCUGAACCGGAUGCAGACCAAGCAGACCCCACCUACCUUCAACAAGACCAACAAGUUCACAUCAGGCUUCCAGAACAUCGUUGAUGCCUACGGGAUUGGAAACUACCGGGAAAUAAAUCCAGCUCCAUACACCAUUAUCACAUUUCCCUUCCUGUUUGCUGUGAUGUUUGGUGAUAUGGGUCAUGGGUUGUUGAUGACCUGUGCAGCCCUGUACUUGGUCCUCCGAGAGAGUCGAAUCCUCGCUCAGAAAAGUGACAAUGAGAUGUUCAACAUGGUUUUUGCUGGCCGUUAUAUCAUCCUUCUGAUGGGAAUCUUCUCAGUCUACACUGGCAUUAUUUACAAUGACUGCUUCUCCAAGUCUCUGAACAUGUUCGGCUCUGGUUGGAGUGUCAGGCCUAUGUUUACUACCAAAGGAGCCAACUGGUCGUUUGAGACCCUUGAUGGGAAUGCAGUCCUACAGUUAGAUCCUGCUGUUCCUGGGGUGUUCAACGGGCCCUAUCCUCUUGGGAUUGACCCGAUCUGGAAUGUUGCUACCAACAAGCUGACUUUCCUGAACUCAUUCAAGAUGAAGAUGUCAGUGAUCCUCGGCGUCAUCCACAUGCUGUUUGGAGUCUCUCUGAGUCUCUUCAACCACCUGUACUUCAAGAAGCCAUUGAACAUCUUCCUGGGCUUCAUCCCAGAGAUUGUCUUUAUGUCCAGUUUGUUUGGGUACCUCAUCCUGCUGGUGUUCUACAAGUGGACAGCAUAUGAUGCUUUCACCUCUAAAGAUGCUCCCAGCCUGCUCAUCCACUUCAUCAACAUGUGUCUCUUUAACUACAACGACCCUACCAACAAACCCCUCUACAGGGGCCAGAUGGGGAUCCAGGUUUUGCUGGUGCUGAUUGCCCUUGCAUGUGUUCCCUGUAUGCUGAUUGUGAAAACCAUGGUGCUUCGGCGUCAGCACCUGUGGAAAAGGCAUCUGUCACAGAAGAGGGAAGAAACCCCUGCAGAGAAUCUAGAGCAAUCUUUAGAGCAAACAGGGGUGUCCUCAUCAUGCACCGGACUCACCCAACAGGGCACGCAGAAGUUUGGAGGGGUGCGGGUGGGCAAUGGACCCACGGAGGACGAGGCUGGCAUAAUGGACCACGACCAGCUCUCCCAGCACUCAGACGAAGGAGAUGAGCACUCAGAAGAAGAACCGUUUGACUUUGGCGAUGUAGCCGUCAAUCAGGCCAUCCACACCAUAGAGUACUGUCUGGGGUGCGUAUCUAACACAGCCUCCUAUCUGCGCCUCUGGGCCCUCAGCCUCGCCCACGCACAGCUGUCUGAGGUACUCUGGUCCAUGGUGAUGCACCUGGGUCUCUCCUCUCGCAGUGGAGGCGGUUUCUUCGGCUUGUCAAUCAUCUUUGCUGCUUUCGCCACUCUCACUGUUGCCAUCCUGCUCAUCAUGGAGGGCCUGUCAGCCUUCCUACAUGCCCUGCGUCUGCAUUGGGUGGAGUUCCAGAACAAGUUCUACACAGGGCAGGGCUUCAAGUUUGUCCCCUUCUCAUUUGAGAGCAUCCUAGAGGGGCGAUUUGAUGACUGAUCAGGUCCCAGCCUGUCCACAGAUUCCCCAGCACUCCCACUCUGCUUUGGCUGUGUUUUGUGUGCAUGAGACCCACUGUGGUCCUCUGUCCCCCUCUAGUGGCAAUCAGUGAAUCUUUGAGGUAAAACAGUUCUUUUACAAACAAUUCUAGUGAGCUUGCCUUUGUAGAAUUAAAGUGUUGUUGUUGCCAUCCUUUGUCAUCCAGCAGCCUCCCUUGAUUUUGUCUUUAUUAUUCAUGAAUCCAUGGUGAGCCAUGUUUGUGUUGCAGUGAACAUCUGAAUCACUCUCUGCUUUCUGGUUUGUUUGGCCCAACUCAGUGAACAGAUAUAGAAAGGUUUCUGGAGCCAGCCGGUCAGUGUUUGGGUUAUCGCCACAUCAUAUUCUGCUCAAUUCCAGCGAUGAACAAUGAAUGAAGGAGUUUUCUCUGCCAGUAAUUAAUAUUCAGUUAAAUAUUUUCCAAGAAAGAUUCAAAUUAAGACAUAAGACAAGUAAACAAAUUGAAAUCUAAAAAUUCUGAAAAUGUGUCUAUUGAGUUAAAGGACUAUAUCAUGCACUCUGGAAAAGUAUGGACUUACUUUUCAGACUUUCUUUUCAGUCUCAACAGCCUGGAUCAAGAAUAAAUAAAAAAAAAUGUAUCCAAAUUUUUAGAUACUCCUCUUGAGCCUUGCUCUUCUGUCUUUUCUUUAUCCCUUUUCCUAAUGUAUGCCCUCCCUUUCCUUUCUUCUUUGUGUCCUUUCUUCUUUCAUUCCCAAGGCCUUUCCCUUUUUUCCCUAUGUCCCUUCUUUCCUUCGUUUUCUUCCAUCUUUCAUUUCUUCUUUCCUCAUUUGUUUUUUCACCUCCUUUCUUCCUCCCCUGUGUCCUAUCUUAUUUUGUUCUCUGUCCUUCCUUUCUUGUGUCCUAUGUACUUUCCUUCCUUCAUCCAUUCAUUCAUCCCUUCCUUUUCAAUAGGAAGCACAGGAGUGGGAAUGUUCAUUGUGGAAAAUCAGUGUCAUGGUGGUCAGUCUGUGUGUCAAAUGCAACAACUGCCUUAGACCUUUGCGCAGUUUUGCACUGAGAAAACCUUUCACUCAAAAAAAAAUCUAAAAUCACCUGAAUUAAAAAAACAAACACAUUUAUUUAUUUUGCAUCUCAAAAAACAACAAAGUCCUAUUACAGUGAUUCAUAUUAAGAUUGUAGGUUGUAUACAGUUUCAUUUUAGUUUGAAAAUCUGAGUUUGUCCUAAAAUGUGGGAUCGAUGUACUUCAUCUUUUACCGGAAUCUAGAAAACUCAACCAAGCUGUUCGUGGUGAUGUGCUGUGCUCUCUAAUGUUCCUGUAUGACCUGUAUAAACGUUGUGAUGAAUUAAAGAGUGGAGUGUUCAAACA